GACAAGGUUCUUUACGCAGAGGACAAGGUUCCUCACGCUGAGGACAAGGUUCUUCACGAUGACGACAAGGUUCCUCACGCUGAGGACAAGGUUUUUCACGUGCAGGACAAGGUUCUUCACGCUGAGGACAAGGUUCCUCACGCUGAGGACAAGGUUGUUCACGAUGAGGAGAAGGUUCUUUACGCAGAGGACAAGGUUCCUCACUCUGGUGACAAGGUUCGUCACGCGGAGUACAAGGUCAUUGACGCCGAGGACAAGGGUCCUCACGCUCAGGACAAGCUUCUUCACGGGGAGGACAAGGUUCCUCACGCUGAGGACAAGGUUCCUCACGCUGAGGACAAGGUUCUUCACGUGGAGGACAAGGUUCUUCACGCUCAGGACAAG